AUGCAAAAAGCCACGCAAGGCGCCCUUGGCGGUGCCCAGCAAGAACGAUGGGACGACGAGGACUUUGACUUGUCCGACUUUAGUGGUCCCAGCUCCUUCGGUCCAAGCGCUUUGACUCGGAGCGUCCUCUCUCACCAAUCAGCCGAGUCCUUCGCUGCUUCUGGCAAUCUCAGCAAGGACGUCGCAUCAGACUCGCACGCAGACGACGAUGAAGAGGAGAAUUGGGAUCUACCUGCGAAUGCGUCCACCAGCGAAAAGGGGCCAGUCGUUGCCCAGCUUAGCGACGCCGACGAUGACCAAACCGACACCAUCAAGCUCUCCGCCCUCGCUGGCAACACUCUUGCUCAGCUUGCCGCUGCCAGUGCGGCUUCUCGGUCGAGCGGCAUCCGAAGUGCUGCAAGUCCCAUCACCUACGCUGGCAGCGUGACCCACUUGCGCGGCAUUGGCUCGCGCAGCGGCAGCGGACGCGUGCUUCGCAUGGAUGCAGCCGGAGGGGGCGAUUGGGAGGAUGAUCUGGAGUUACCAGACUUGCUGCCAUCUCAACCCAGGCUGCGCAAGACGUCCAGCUCUGCUGUCAGUGGCGAUGCAGACUUUGAUGCCCGCAGCGGCGGCGAGACCAGCGAUGCCACAAGCAACAGCAGCAGCUUCCUCCCGCGUUCGGUCGGCGGUGAUUUGCACUCAAGCCAUGGCAGAUUUCCAGGCUCCACCUCAUCCUCGGCGGCAUCAUCGCUGCUCUCGCCUCCACGCCAUUCGUCAAAGCCAUUUGCUGAUCAUGCGCUCCGAGGAGAGACGCAGCAACGCCUCGACGCCAAGCCUAUCACCAUUCCGGCCGAUUUUGACGAUUUUGAAAACGACUUCAAUCUUAGUCCGCAACUCGAUCGAUUACAUUUGAGCCCUGCUUUGACGAAGCCCGAUGGCAAUGUGUCAACACAGAAGGCCAGCGCUUUGUGGGACGACCAUCCGCACUCCAUAUCGGUUGGUAGCUCGGCCAAUGUGGAGCAGACAGACCAUACCAGUAGCCAGCACUCCCCUACGCGAACGUUGCGGAGCGAGGGACCGUCGGCCAAGGUAACGCCAGACAGUGACGCCGAUGACGAGGGCGAAGACCUGUUGGAGGGUCUCGAGGUGCCUGCAGGCCUAUUUGACACUGAUACCGCAGCGCAACGCCAGGGCAAGCAGCGUCAAAGUGUAGGAACAGUCCUAUCUGCCAAUGAGCGACUUCGGGCUGUGCUGCAUGCUAGAGAAUGCGGUCUGUCAGCUUCUGCUUCCGGUGCUUUUGGACCUCCUUCGCCAUUCAGCCCGACAGAGAGCGAACGCGACUUUGCUUCAGGACUUGUCAUCUCUGACGACAUGGACUUGUCUUCGGGUCGCUUACAAGCCAAGUCGCUGAGCUACGGUACAAGAAUGGUCCAACGUCUUCCAUCGGGUACAAGAGGAGUGGUCUACGUACCUGCAGCGCCUCACAGGUCCGAAAGUGAGCCAAGACCAUCGUCGUCUGCCGCAGCGCACCGAGUGGUGGCGAGUCGGCAUUCAUCCGACCAUGCGAGUGGCGCGGUGCCGCAAGUGAAAGCGUUGCCACGUGUCUCUGCUCUACCUGCUGCAUUGCCAUCCCACGUUGGUCGAGGCACAUCCUCCACGUCAAAGUCCUCGCCGCCCAGGGCUUCAUCAGCCUACAGCCAUGCGACGGGCAAAGGACCUUCACAGACUGUCUUGAGACCUUCGAAUCUCUCGCUCGCUCCCAAAAAGAGCGCGGUCGAGCUGCGUGGUGCGCCUGGCUCUGGAUCUGCCCGGCCCCUCACCCACGGUCUCAGACCUCCACCGGCGGCACUGAAUCUUAUGAGCCGCAAUGUGGGGGAAUUUGGCCCAAAGAGAUCUUCGCAGCUGUCACAAAAGCGCAGUUUGCCUCACAUGCGUCACCAGUCGAGGACGCAGUCUGCCGAUUCAAGUUCACCAACACGCAGCAAUCAUGAGAGGUCGCCUGGACCUCCUACACCCGCUGUUUCGUCUCGAUCUGCUGCUCCCACCGAGCGCCCGGCACUUGCAACAGCUGCGCUCUCGACGACUUCAGAUUCUCUGCCGCCCGCGAGACCCAGCACUCCUUCAUACUUCUUGCCCACGAAAGCGUCAGCAAGUCGCUUUGCUGCUUCCACGUCUGCCCCUCGUACCAGGCAAGGGACGUCCGAGAUCUCCCUCGCCGGCUCUAGUACGUCUCAAGGGUCCUUGCCCACGAGUGAAGCCCCAAGCCCUUGGGAUGCAGCUGUAACGCUAGCGCAUAGAUCACCGGGCAAUCUUGCACACGGCAGUAGCUCCAGUGCUCCCGCUCCUCUGCGCGAAGCAUCCACAAAGAGGUCCAGCAAAGUUCGGAUGCUUCGGAGACCGGCCAGAUUACGAGCAUACACGGGCGAUGAGCUCGAUGCUUUUGACGAUCUUCCCACCAAUCCUGAAGACGAGAAUCGAUACCUGAGGCCGCGCGCCGUCGGGCCAGCAGGACCUCAUCCGGGCGAUUUCACAGCCAAUCUCGGCUUACCUGACCCAGCAGCUGCGGCCAGACCGAGACGGAUCAGUUCGGCUUCCAAUGCCUCCAGCACCGGUGCGCGGGACGCGACAUUGAAGGCCAAAACAACUGCAGACUUGAUAUCUGACCUGGCUCGCCAGUGGUCUGAGAAGCAGCCGUCGGCAGCGCGGCAACGGUACUCCAUCCCUCAUCAAGGAGGCAUUGUAAUGGGCGGACCAAACGCUCCAUUGAACCACGAGCGACCGCUGGGCGCUCGUGCGACCCGCAGGCGAAGUAGGACAUCUCAAUCUCCUACAUUGAUACGCAAUUUGGGUGGAGCCUCAUGGUCGCCUAGGGUGAUAGGUAAUAUGCGGUGGAACAGCAUUAAACGCUGCUGGGAAGGCAACGAAAACAUGCUAAGGGAUUUUGAAAACGCUUUGAGCAGCAGCACGCGACCUGCUUUGAUUACGCAAAUGCCGGCAAGCUACCAAACGGCAGGGGCUGGGGCAAGCCGCUUGUGUUCACCCACCAUCGCCUCGCCUUCAUUUCAAUCAGCACAUGCGAUUGCUGCAGCCUCUACGUCAGGGCUUCUCCCUGGUCACGGACACGCCAAAGCAACGAACAAGGAUUGCCCUCAGGUUGUCGGUAGCAUGGUCUUCGAUGCUCAGAGCAUGAAAUGGGUGCCCGCAGACGGUGUGGAGGAGCCUGAUCCCUUUGCUAAUUUGGAAGAUGACUCGACCGAAGACAUAGAUCUCGUAUCCGAGCCCGGCACCGCCGACGUGGCGAUCAAACUUGCGGGCAUCUCGCCUGCACUUCCUCGUCAUGUCGUGGAGGAAGCUAUGGGAGGACAGUUGGGAGCACGCAUCCCGGGAUCCUCGUCCUCAGAAGCAGGUGUUGCGCGUCGCAUGCGCUCUUCAGAUCUUUUGCUGCCUCUAGCAGACACAUUGUCUCAGACUGGAGUGCACGAGGCGAUUCAGCGCGCCCGUGCUGUGAGCGCUAGCAGGGCAACACAACGCUCUCGCAAAGAGACGUACUCAAACAUUGCCCGGGCGAUCCAGCGUGGCGAUCCUUGCCCUCCCAAGGACAUGCAGACAUAUGUCCACACAGAGCUCUGGCGCGAGUCCAUCGACGCGGAGAAGAGGCAUCGCGCAGAGGUGCGAUGUUUCUAUCCAUCUGCUUCCGCCCCCGUUUCGACACUCUCGUCAACCAAUACGCGCAGCGGGACCUCUCGCGGUGUAGUGGGGAGAUCUGCUGCUCAGAGCGCGCGCACCAACAGGGAGGACCUGUACCUCCUGCAGCGUCUGGCCAGACAAGCAAAUGCUCCAAAUGCACCAACAUCACAGACUCGAUCGUAA